AUGGCCCCUCUAAUCCCAACUGCUAUCCCCCAACGCCCCCUCCCCGCCAAAGAAUCCCUCCUCCAAUUCUACCUCCACAAAACCCUCACCGAAAUCCCUAAACCCGCCGCCAUCCUCGACCGCGCCAUCAUAACCCGCCACUGCACGUCCAUGCACAAAACCAUUCAAACCCUCGGCGUCGACUUUCGCGCCCACGUCAAAAGCCACAAGGUAAUUCCGGGAACGUCCAUUAAAUGUAGAAAACAGACAACCGAACUCGCCCGCCUCCAAGUCGGGACCUCAUCUCAGACCAUCAACUUCGUAGCCUCCACCCUCCUGGAGAUCGAGAACCUGGCCCCCCUGCUAAAGGAGUACCGGGAUAACGGCCACCGGGUGAACAUCCUAUACGGGAUCCCUGUGGUGCCGUCGCAGGUGGACCGGUUAGCAGCUGCCGCGGCAGAACUAGGUGAGGGGAGCGUAUCGGUGAUGGUUGAUCAUCCGGACCAGGUAAGGUUCUUGGAUGGGUUUGCUGCGGUGACGGGGUUUCCGGUCGGGGUGUUUGUGAAGGUUGAUUGUGGGUAUCAUCGCGCUGGGUUGCCGCCCGCGCAGGUGGAUAAGGGCGGGUUACUAGGGAAGUUGGCGGAGGCGGAGAGUCGGGGUCUAGGGAGGUUAGUAGGGGUUUACUCGCAUAGUAGUUUGAGUUAUGGGGGGAAGGGGAGGGGGGAUGCGCUGCGGCAUUUGAGGGGGGAGGUGGAGGCUUGUUUGCGGGCUGUGGCGGGGAAUGCGAAGGGGUUGCCGGAGAGGGAGUUGGUGGUUAGUGUUGGGGCGACGCCGCAGGUUGUUGCUGCGGAGGCUGUUGCGGGUUUGGGCGAGGGGGAUGAGGAGCUGGAGGCGUUAAGGGCGUUGUUGAGGGAGCCUGAUACUGGGGAGUUCCGGGGUGGGGUGAGGGUUGAGUUGCAUGCGGGAAACUAUCCGUUGUUGGAUAUGCAGCAGAUGAGUACCGACGCUGGAGGUGUAAGGCAGAGGUUUCAGGAUGAGGUUGGGGCCUUUGUGGCUGGGGAGACAUGCAGUGUUUAUAAUGAUGGGGAGCGUGAGUGUCCAGAGGCCCUGGUGGCUGUGGGGGUUCUGGGCUUGGGCCGUGAGCCAUGUCCCAGUUAUAAGGGCUGGGGGGUUAUUGGGCCUUGGGGAGUACCGGACUCUGAGGCGUCUGGGGAUCGUCUGAUCAUUGAUCGGAUCAGUCAGGAGCACAGCAUCGUGAGUUGGGAGUCAAGGGACGCCGCCAAAGAGAUUCCACUCCGCGUUGGUCAGACAGUGAAGAUAUACCCCAACCAUACGUGCAUCACCGGGGCGAUGUACGGUUGGUACUUGGUGGUCGACUCGUCUAGUGACCCGGAUGCGACCAAGAUAGUCGAUGUUUGGGUCCGAUGGUCGGGAUGGUAAGGUAUGCUCUUGCGCAUGGGACGUUUACAGCCUCAUAUACCAAUAUAAGAUCAUGUUCAUGUAUUUUCUGUGGCGCCGGAUAUUAGGUCAGCGUUCAUCUUUCCCGGUAUUUGACCGAUUAAGGUCAGCAAAUAGUUGUACCUCUUCGAUAUGGAGAGGUAUGUGUACUAGACAGCAUGCGCAGUAUGGGAAACCCCAUCAAGUAGGGAAGCCAAUU